AUGGGAAAUCAUUGGAUCAGCAAGGAUUGUUGUCAUUUUGAACGCUUGCCUACCGUUUAUUUCACAGUAUUAGCUAUACAAGCUAUUGCAAUUAUACAAGCUAUCGCUUUUCUUCUUUUUAGUUAUUUACGAGAUGUAGAAAUAUAUUCUACAAUAUAUGAUAAUUUGAAAUAUGCAUUACAUUUCGACUGUUUGAUACCUCUUAUCAUUAUACAGCUUUCGUGGUUCAUUAGUGCUAUUGCUACAGUAUAUUCAGUACAGAAGAUGAUACCAUAUCUGAUGCUUCCUCAUCUUUUCAUAUCAUUAUUUCUACUAUUUGUAGCAAUAUUACUUAUCAUAUUAACAGCUUAUCAUAUAAUUACAGGUGUACAGUUUAAUUCUUUCUUGAUACUUCUAUUAUUAUUGCUGAGCCUUUACUCAGCUGGCGCACUGUAUUCGAUUUAUUUGACCUUAUCAUACUUUCGCUUACUUAUGAGCAAAAGAAAAUCGAUCAUCAAUAUUGCCGAAAAGGAUAUUCGAAAGGAAGCCUUAGUGGAUGAAGCGUUAUCGAUAAGCAAUUCGAUAUCUUAUAGCAGACGACCCACUGUUAUUAUCAGUGAUGAUGACUUACAUAUGCUUCAUCAAUAA